GGGAGAGACAAAAAAAGGUAAGCGUUCCCUGUGCAGUGCCAAGAGGCGCCUGAAGGUGGCGAUGUCGGACCAUAGCAGCAGCACCGGCAGCAGCGGCUCGUCCACUAACAGCUGGACGCUCCUCUCCCCAGAGGAAGCAGCCGCCGACAACGCCGGGCCGCUGGACGACGGCACGGAGAGCCUGGGCGACGCCCCCAGUCUGUCCGAGGACUCGGCAGCGGUUGCUGCCGUGGAGAUCAAGCCCGGUGACAUUCCAGUGGAGUGCGUCUUAUCGGAGGAAGGCCACCAGGUUUGUCAAGAGACCGACGCAGAGUCCGGUGACGGUCCCGCAAUCUGCUGUCCUCUCCAGCCCGACGAGCCCGCGGCGCUCGACCCGGACAGCCAGGCUCCCGUCAUCCACGACAUCGUGACCAGCUCGCCCGGCGACAACGAGCACCCGGCCGUGGCUUUCGUCUGCGGCAUCGAUUUCGGAGGGCCGCGUGACGUCGACGAACCCGAGGAGCCGGUCCAGGACUCGGAGGAAGCCGUCGUCACCGAUGAACCGGUCGUCCCCGCUGAAACCGUCGAGGCGGCCUCGGAGCCUCCGUCGCAGCGGGAUGCUGACGUCGCCCGAGACGACACGGAACCGCCGGCGGACGCCGUCCCGGCCGGUGAUGUCAUGGCGCCAGAGAACAUUGGCUCGGCACCGGAGGACGAGUCCAGUGGGGAGAAGGAAGAAGAGGAGCCGUCUGAGUUAGAGAUGCAGGAGGAGGAGGAAGAAGAAGAAGAAGAUCCCGGCGCGGGUUUCGACGACGGCCUCCGCAGGCGGGCGGUCCCGCCCGGCCCGAAAAUGUCAGACGGUGACGAGGACGUGGACGAGGAGGCGGAGUUGAGGCCGCCGGAGGGGGAGGAGGAGGACCAGCGGACGUGGUGGACGAUCAACAAGUGCGCCGUGGGCGUGGCCGUGCUGCUCUUCCUGGGCGCGCUCUUCCUCUCCGGUGACUUGGACGCCGUCGACGUGAACGAUGCGGAACAAAGCCAGAAACCCGCGGACCCUCAAAGCGAUACCGGCUCCCCCCACACUGACGAAAUAUCUGCAGACUUCAAGGGCGCCUUGGAUAUGUUCGACACGGACGGCAGCGGCGACGUCAGCGCCAAGGAGCUGGGCACCGUGCUGCGGAUGCUGGGGCAAAACCCGUUGAGGCAGGAGCUGGAAGCCAUCAUCAAGGAAGUCAAUGAGUAUGGCGACAGGAAGCUUCAUCUGAAGGAGAGUCACGAGAGGUCGGAGGCGAAUCAAGGCGGCAGCGAGCGGCGCAGGCGAAUGUGGGAGCACUUGGAGAAGAUCCGGCGGGAGAUCGCCGAGGGGGUGGAGCGCCUGGGCAAGAGGUGGAAGAAGGACGAGGGAAGGCGCCACAGAGACGCCAAGGAGAAGGAUCGGAAGCACCGGGACGACUGGGAGACCAAGAAACUGCAGCGUCGGCUGGACCGCCAGGAGAGGAGGAAGGAGAAGCCGUGGCGCAGUCGCCAGAAGCAGCGUUCCCAAGACCUGGCCGACUUCUGGCGGGCGCAGGAGCAAAAGCUGCGGCGGAGCGAGGGGCGCCGCCGCCGCUCCUGCUCCUCCACGGAGGACUGCGCCGCCAAGGACGGCCUCUUCCCCGUGGAGCUGCCCGAGUUCCAGGUGCUCCUGGAGGGCUACCUCGACAAGCUGUCGGGCUCGCCCGACGAGAGCAAGGACUUCCUCCGCUGGCUGGUGGCCGACUUCUUCAGCGGCGGCGUCUUCGCGCACGACCGCUGGGCGUUCGCCGACUUCGCCGAGGACGUGGCGGACAUCCUGGAGGACAUGGCGGAUGCGACGGAGGGCGGCGACGACGCCCUGGAGGAGGCCAUGGAGGAGUUCGAACGGGAAGCCCUGUGGAAGUUUGCCGCCGCUGAACAGUACUGAGCGGAUGUCACCGGCAUGCCGUACCCCACAAACACCUCCAGUUUGGGGUUUUUUUAGUACAGUAAUCCCCCACCAAUAGGGACCAAUCCCCAAGCGAAAAACUGAAAAUUGAUGCCCCCCUAAAAAAAUCACGCAAUCAACCCUCGUUCACGUGCAGAAAGUCUGUAAUCAGGAGUCUUUUUUUGUUUGUUUGUUUUGCCCGGCGCAGAGCUUGAAUCUCAAAACAGGAAACGCGGCGUAACGGGAUUCGAACGCGGACACCCGAACAGAAGGUCUCCAGUCUCCGUCGUGGUCGUCAAGUUCGUUCACAAUCGAAAUUUUUCCCUGCUCUUUAAGGUGAGGAAUUUUCGGAUUCUCGGGGAAACGGAUUAGUCGAUGACUUUUAGCUGCGUGACAAGGUCUCGUUGAGCCCGUUUGCUAACCAAAUUGGCAG